AAUCGGGGCUGUGUAUAUUGCCAUCAUCCAAGGGGUGAAUCACAUCGAUUGCACAUUAUCAAAUAGAGUUGUUUAGAGCCGUCGAGAGACGGCUGCGGUUUCCGGUUUUGGGCGCUACGAUUUUUUUUAUCAGUUAAUAUUUGUGUUAUCAAUUGUGUGAGAAAGAUUCCAGUGUCUUUUGAAGCCAUUUGCUAGAUAAGAAAGUCAGCAAGAUCGGACUGAAAAAUGGUUAGCCUUUUUCUUCAUCGAACGCAGCGAGCCUACUUGGAUUAAAAAUCCUUCUCGUGCGAAGGAGCAUUAGCAGUUUUACGAUUACAUUACCGCGCAUUUAGAUAGAAAGACUGUAUGGUUCGCCGAAGGCUUUAGAAGGCAAUUGGGCUCAAGCGACGAACCUUAAUCCCCCCCCUCCCCACCCCCCAAGAAAAAAAAAUAAAAAAAUCUAGUUCAACAUCUCUAAUACACCUGCCAUUGUAAAUGGUUGUAAUGCUAACCUGCAUAUGUUUCUGCGCGCUCGGCGAGGUUGUUCCACAUUUCAAAUGCAAUUUUAUGUCGUUAGCAUAAGGUACAGCGAACAGGCCCGCGCGAUUUGCAAUAUCAUCAUCACCCCUCCCCACCUCAUCAGGUUUUGCAAUCGACAAAAAAAAGGCAUGCGCCUUCACACCAAUCGCGGCACGAAGCCCUCACGAUCAACGAUGUCGGAUGCCGAUUAAACGCAUGGCGAACGCGACCAAACGAACGAAAUCGGUGAUCCGUUGUUGUCUAUAAGCACGUUCUGUUGUCUGCCGGUGGGUAUGUCCCGCUUGAAUCACCACAACCGGUCGGUGCACGGGUUUAGUUCACGAUUGACCACCGGACGCGGAACAUACGGUCGGUUUGUUGGUUCACCCGCUCCGCGACCACAUUCCUGAUGGGCAGAACAACAAAACGCUCGCCAUUAGUCGAAACGUUUGCGAAUUAGUCGUGCCACCGUCUCAUACCGUGCUGCACGGUUUAAGGCCACGCAACCGAGCGUCGAUCGUUCGCUGUCCCAGCCAGCCAUCCAGCCAGGGUCAUUUGGGCUUCUUUCGAGGCACGCAACACCUGUCUGUAACACAUUCAAUUUCUGCGCGAUGGGCUGCAGCUCGUCAAAGGAGGCUGUUCGCAGCUCGAACGAAUCCCUUCCCAAAGCAUCGAAAGUGACCUCGGCGACCACUUCCAACGGUGGAAGCACCGCUCACGAUGACGAUUUCAUCGAAGCCGUCGUCUGCCAGGAGUCGGACAUUGGCGAGAAUCAGAUGAAGCAGGUCGAGCUGGGCGAGGGCAAGGUGUUGCUGGUACGCCAGAACGGCAAGCUUACCGCCAUCGGGAACAAAUGUUCGCAUUACGGUGCAAUGCUUGUGACCGGAGCGCUCGGUGAAGGGCGCGUCCGCUGCCCGUGGCACGGCGCUUGCUUCAACGUCGAGACGGGCGAUAUAGAGGACUUCCCCGGGAUGGAUUCGCUGCCCUGCUACCGGGUGACGGUGGGCGAAGCGGGCGACGUGAAGGUGCGUGCCAAACGUACCGAACUGACAACCAACAAGCGUACCCGCGUAAUGGCCAAACGGGUGCAGCAGGACGAACGUACGUAUGUCGUCAUUGGCGGGGGACCGUCGGGUGCUACCUGUGCCGAAACGCUCCGCCAGGAAGGUUUCACCGGGCGGGUUGUGAUGAUUAACAAGGAACCGGCCCUGCCGUACGAUCGGGUCAAGGUGAGCAAAACGAUGGACAUGAAUCUGGAAAAGUGCCUGCUGCGGACGCAACAGUUCUACGACGAUAACGACAUCGAGGUGAUGCUAGGCACUGCCGUCACGGGGCUGGAUGGAGCGACACGGGAAAUUACGCUCGACAAUGGGUACAAGAUCCGGUACGAUAAGGCGUACAUUGCAACCGGCUCGAACCCACGGCGACCACCGAUCGAGGGUGCCGAUUUGGGCAACGUGUGCGUGCUGCGGACGGCAGCCGAUGCGAAGGAGGUUAACGACCAGCUCGGACCCGAAAAGCGGAUCGUCAUACUGGGCACGAGCUUUAUCGGGCUGGAAGCGGCUGCCUAUUGCGUGAACAAGGUUGCCAACGUUAAGGUCAUCGGACGGGGAGCCGUCCCACUGAAGGAAUCGUUCGGUGAUGCGAUCGGCAAACGGGUGAUGGAACUGUUCGAGGAGAAGGGUGUAGAGUUUGUGAUGAAUUCCGGCAUCCGGCGGUGUAUCGGUGAGGCGGGCAAGCUGAAACAGAUCGAGCUAACCGACGGAACGGUGCUCGAUGCGGACGUGUGCAUUUUUGGCAUCGGAUCGACGCUGUACACGGAGUUUCUGCAGAAUUCGGGCAUUUCGAUGAAUCGCAACGGUUCGAUCAAUACCGACCAGUAUUUGGAGACGAAUGUCGAGGGUGUGUACGUGGGAGGAGACAUUGCCAAUUCACCGGUGCUUUCGAACGAUGGGCAGCCAGCUACCAUCGGACACUACCCGCUGGCACAGUAUCAUGGUCGCGUAGCGGCAUUCAACAUGGUCGGUAAGGCGACACCGCUCCAGGCGGUUCCAUUCUUCUGGACGGUGCUGUUCGGCAAAUCGUUCCGAUACUGUGGAUACGGCCAUCCGGACGAGGUGAUCGUGGAGGGCGAUUUGGCCGCGCUGAAGUUCGUUGCGUUCUACAUCGGUAAAGGGGGUCGUGUGGUCGGUAUGUCAUCGUGCCAGCGGGAUCCGGUUGUGGCCCAGUUUGCGGAGUAUUCGUCACAGGGCAAGGUGCUGCACAAGGACGACCUGACGCCCAACCCGUUCGGGUGGAUAACGGCUCAAUCGGCAUGAACACAAUCAGCGGACACAAACACACACUGUUUAUCUAUUUCAUAGUAACAUUAUUCACUAUUGGAUACCUUUACCGAUAUACAAGCAGAAAAAGCAAACCACCACUGUCGCUCAAAGCGGCCUUUGUUGUUGAUGUAAAAGCUUCUUGUUGUUGUAGUAAUAAAACAAAAAAAAGUCUUUUACAACCUAA